AUGGAUGCUACAACUGCAAGCUCUAAGGCUGCUUUAUUCGACAGAUGGAAUGAUUUGGCAUCAGCUUUUUCACCAGACUUAAAGGAAAAAUGGUGGAAACAUUUAUUGAAUAUCUAUAGCGAGCGGUCAUUCUACAACCUCAAACAUCUAAAUGAUAUGUUUCUGCUUUUCGAUGAAUACAAGCAUAAGUUGCAGGAACAAAUGGCUACUGCUUUUGCUAUAUUCUUUUUGCAUGCAGCUGAUGAUCCGAAACGCAGCAAUAAUGCUGAGCGAAGCGUGGAAAUAUUGAAGCAAUUUUCAGCGGAAACAACAAUUGACUUGGAAUAUUCAGCAACACUGAUUCUCAAAAGUGAAAAACACUGUACCGAUGCUCAUUUAAUAGCCAAUAGUUAUGGCGAGGAUGACGUUCACUUCUUGUUAGAUUUCGAUUUAGCUUUUUUGGGAGUCGAUGAAAUCGAGUAUGACACACACAGCAAAAAUAUCAGAAAGGAAUAUAAUCAUUUAAACGACGAGGAAUACCGCCAACAAAGAUUAAAAAUUUUGAAAUUGUUUAUGCGAAUUCCAAACAUUUACGCAACUCGAGAAUUAAGAGAACGAUUCGAAGUUCAAGCUCGUCUGAAUAUCGCGAAGGAAAUUUCUGAUUUAUCCAAAUAA